GGCGGUGAACCUGUCUGGGAUGAGUUUAUAAUUAACCCCACAUCUGAGACACACACCUGACAGGGGACAGGGGCACCAGGAUACACCUUGCUUGGAGUAGAAACCAGGGGGCCAGGAGACAACUUGGGGGCAGUGUCUCAGUGAAUUGGGCAGGAUGGAGAGCAACACACAGAGCUACACGACCAGUACCCAGAACAAAAACACCAUCCCUAUCAAUAACCCCGCGGAUAUCUCUGUGAUUGUAGUGUAUUUCGUGGUGGUAUUGGCUGUGGGAUUAUGGGUGAGUUAGUUACUUGGAGACAUAAUUACAAUAUAUUUAAAACCAUAGGGAUUCGGGUAUAGAACUUACACAGGGUUCAAUAUAGAUGCUCCAUACUUUGCAGUUGUUAUGGGGGAGUUCCAACUCAUGGUGAUCUUAGUCCUUCUGAAUACUUGGCAUGCUUACUAUAUAAUGUAAUGAGAAAUAAGGGACAUUUGUAAAUGGAUUUUUACCACCAUUGGUUUAAAAGACAGUGUAGAAACAGAUGUAUGAAUUAACUCUUAAAUACACAAUAUCAGGUUGUCACAAAAAUAGCCUUGCUCACAGCUUUGUGCUAUUAGAAUAGUUGUGUACACGAUUUGCACACAAUGAACUAUCUGUUCUCCCUCUGUCUAGAUUAGAAGUUUUACAUUACAGCGUUAAAGCAGGUGCAGGAGGAACAGUUAUUUCAAGUUUAGAAAGUGCAUUUCAGUGAUGUGGUAUUCUGUAUAUGCUGCGCAGAAACUCUGUUUAUUAAUGAGGAAGCCAGACUAAUAAAAUGCAGGGAUGUCUCUGUAGCACUGUUGUGGUUUUGGUGGCAUGUGGUACCCACACAGCAUGCUUUACGGCUAGGAUGAAGACUGAGUCUAACUGCUUGCCCUUGUUUCCAGGCUAUGGUGAGGACGAGCCGUGGCACGGUGGGGGGCUUCUUCUUGGCCGGGCGAAGCAUGGUGUGGUGGCCGGUGAGUGAUAUCUCCAUUCUAUCCGAACGUUGUGGUCCAGGUGAUUCUCUCAGGAGAAUGUAUCAAUAUAGGGAAUAGAACGUUCUGCUCCAAGAAUCACAUUGUCUGCUACUCCUGCGGUCACCUCACUGGCUGUCUUGGUGUCUGGGACAUGGAACUUGGAUUUUGUAUGUUGUGUACUCCCAUUUAACGAGGUGCCUGCCUGGUACACCUUACAGCACUGCUAAGGCUAAUGUUAGAUGAAGUAAAAGAGGUAGCCAGUGGCACAUGCCCCUUACUGCAGGGUGUCCAUAAACUACCCAGUAACAGAAAGGUUGGUGCAUUAGUACUUUAACCUGUGGAUCAAAAAAGUGCACUUGACACAACAGUCUAAUGCACAGUGUGAGAGAAUUGGUAUUGGUAGGCACAGUGCCAGUCUGCCUUGGGUGCGUGACAUAGGCUGUUUUGAAAGUACUGCUGAUUCAUACCCAAGAAAGCUGCAGUGCCCACUGUAUCAUCUCUUACAUGUGGAAAUAUAAAAGUAUCUGUAUGCCCCUGGCUAGUCCAUGCGACUGGCAUUACAAAAACCCAAGCCAGAAAAUAAGUCACCAUUACUCUCACAUCCAGAAAAUCCAGUUAUAUUAAAUCUUGCCUAUCAAAAAGAGGGAGGGUGAAGGGGAUUUGUGUAGAAUGUCUGAGACACGAAGGGCAUAGUAAGGACAAUACACAAUGGAAGGCGGACCUGUGAGCUGUUACCCAAUUCCUGAUGAGAAAUUGCAUUAAAGUUUUGUUAUGAUGUUAUUGCAACUUAAAAGCUUUCACCAUCUUUGUUUUCAUUUCUGAAUCUUGUCUGUAACCUGUUGUAGCUAUACAAAUACUACUGAAAUCCUCUAAGGGCAAGAUAAAAAUAUUUUAAAAGGGUCAAAUCACCACAGGGAUAAGAUGGCCAAAUGCUCAGAAUACCAACCUCUAGAGGGCUAUUAUAGCCAUAUUUCUAACUCCAGGCAUACCAAAGAUAAAAUACUUUUAAAGGAGAUUUUAUUGAGAUUGGAACUGGGUUAUGAGUAGAGAAAUCAUCAAAUUACAGGGUAUUAUUAUUAUUAUUAAUCAUUGCAUUAAUCUUGAAUGUAUCUAACCAGUAGUUCAUGAUAACUCUAUGUGGAUUGUUUACUUUAACCCCUUAAGGACACAUGACAUGUGUGACAUGUCAUGAUUCCCUUUUAUUCCAGAAGUUUGGUCCUUAAGGGGUUAAGAUAAGUAUCAUCAUAUUUUCAAUUCAAGCUCAUUACAUUUGAUGAAAUGUAAUGAUUUUCUUCAAUGAUGUAUUUUUUUUGGGGGGGGGAGGAGGGUAUUUUUUAUUUUAGAAAGUUACAUUUUUAACCAACUGCUGUUCACCCUAAAUUGCCUACUGCUACAUUGCUCUCUGUGUGAAACUGGAACAGCAAGCAAGUUCGGUUGAGCAGCAGUUGGUCAGACAUAUGUGUUCCAAUAUGGCAGCAGAUAAAAAAAAAAAAGUGAUAUUUCCUCAAAUAUCAAAAUACCUCAUUUAAAAAAAAAAAAGGUAUUUAAAAAAAAAAAAAGGUAUUUAAAAAAAAAAUAAGGUAUUUAAAGUGGACAUUUUAUAACAGUUGUCCUUUAAGUAAUGCAUCUCAAACAUUGCACCUCCAUCCCCCCAAUUUUUGCUGUGCUACAACUCCGAUUACUCUCUGGGCAACUAUUGCAUUUAAAUAACUGCAAUAGAUUGAAAUCCCUGCUUUAAGUAAAUUACCUUUGUUCAUGGACCAAUGAAGCCCGAAUUAGUUUGUACAGCAAUGAUAUUGGAGACCUCGCUUUACUAUGCUUGCCUCCAUGCAGCUGGAAGGGAACAUAUUGGAGGUAAAUUCAUCACCCUAUCAUCUUAUCUUCCCAGGAAAUUUGUUUCUUUCCUGGGAUUACCUAUAUCCUAUUAGAUUAAAAGGUAUGGAGUUGGUUCACUGUUACCCUUGUAGGCGGUUAUACUGCAUUUGAGCCACAAGAGGGACCUGGCAUUUCCAUUUUAGGGAGUCUGAUUUUAUCUCCCCUUUCUAUUACACAUAUGAUACUUUGAUAAUGCAGGUAAUGUCAGAUUUAUAGAUGGAACACUCUGGGGAAUAUUUAAAGAAAGCCGUUCUGGGCAAAGCUCAAAAUUCAACAUGGAAACCAACUGAAUGUUUAUGCUGAUUGCUCCACCUUUAGAACUUUGCUCCUAAAUCCAUCUUGAUAUACAACUCUCAUCGUCCAUUGAAACCCAUGAUUAUUUUUAUUGUACAUCAAUUAAACUAAAGAAAUAAUAUUAUAGCUAAAUGAUGCUUCCACAGCAAAUUCUCGUCAGUUCCUUCCACAACAAAUAAUAUUAGGCCGCACAUAACUUGUGGGUACUGGUCUCCAAAGUGGAUUGCAAUUGUGCAAAUGCUUAUUCUCACACAAUUUGUUUAUUAUUAUUUCCUUCCCACCCCCAGUGAUUUAUUUCCCCCUAAUACACCAUGAUUCUCCCCACACACCCAGUGGUCUACUUUCCCCCAUCCUCCAUGAUCUCUUUCCACCCACUCCUGUGAUUGUCUUUACCCCACACCUCGUGAUCUCCACACCCAGUGAACGCCUCCUCUCCUUCACCCUCACCCAACUCUUCCCACAUUCUUGUUUGAACAAAUAGUGAUUGCAGUUCCCUUAUUACAAUCACUUGGUUAUCUGUAUGCCCCCAUCCAUUUCACAAUCAUUUCAUUGUUCUGCUUCCCACCACCAUCUUGUUUUAAAGCCUUGUCUACCAGCACUCUUGCAUUUAAAUGCAUUCAUUCCCAUGAUACACAAAACCUAUUUCCUUCCUUGUGAUUCCACUUGUCUCCCUCUCAUAGCUUCAUAUCUGUCUUGCUUAUUUCAAAAACUCUGCAGAGUUUAUUCACUAAACUUCAAAUUCUCAGGAAUUGACUUUUGCAUGGCAAGAAUAACUAAAAAUAGCAGAUUUGGACUUUCUUCAACUCAGGCUCAGCCGUAGUCACAGCUCGGCUAUUUCAGUGUACACUUUGCAGUAACAUUUCAGCUAACUAAAAUUUGGUGUUUACCGAAUAAAAGCUCAAGUGCAUUUGUUUUACUGCUGACACUUCAACCGCACGUUGAAAGUCCACACUACAGUGGAAUUAUUCAUGUUCAGGACUGCCGAGGUGCUGAUCUAUAUGGUUAAUCAUUUCUGAUGAUUGUAUUCUUAAUACCUGUUAUUAAGAUUAAUAAUUUAUCAGGUUUAAGAUCAGAUUAGCUCAUAUCUCACAGGUUUCUUUUACUACCUGCAGUCCCACAAGUACUUUUUGUAAGGUUAUGUCUGGUUACACGGUUGACCACCCUGUGAAGUUAACAGUAGCAAUCCAUUUGUUGAAAGUGUUUUGCGGCUUGUGUAUUACCUGACUGGCCCCUCCUUGGUUCCAUUCUCCAGCUUGCAGUUAUUCGGAAUAAAGCACUGCACAGACGUUUGAUAGUCACAGGAGAGUCCAGCUAAUGAUCUCCUUUCUUCUGCAGUUACCGUGCAUGUUUUUAGGUCAUUUACAAUUUUUAAUGAAAUGUAGUUAUCCACUAGUCCACUUCCCCUUUGACCCAAAAACUAAAGACCGUGUACAUUAAAAUACAGUCAAUGUUCAUGCCCUUGCACUAGUUUAUACACUGUAUUCAUCACAACUCCAAAUACGGGUAUCCUGCUUCUAGGGCAAGUUCACUGCCUGUAGCUUUUUCUGAAAAUAGGAUUCACGUCUAUUUUCUGACUUUGUGUACACUGAUUCAUUUACAAAUCUCAUCACACAAUAUGGAACCUUCCUGUUGGCACCAAUCCUGUAACAAUGUUUCUAUAGCAGUAUAGUCUAUUGUUGGUCCCCUCCCAUUCAUUCUCUUUGUUCUUUCCACCCCUCCUGAGUACUCUUCUUUAUAUUCAAUUGUUUGGCUUUUCAUUCCAGUCAUUUUUCAUUUAUCUUUAGCUCAUUCCUCUAUUGUGCAACCGCUUCCACUACUUUUCUCCACACCGCCCUCCCCUAGUCUCCCUUUACUCAUAAUCUUGAUAUGGUUCUAGGCCAACAUUGUUUUUCUUUACAUUCACUCUUCCAUGUCUGCCUGCCUUCCAACUUCUCUUUGGCUUCAACCAUCCUGCUCUCUAAAUCUACCUUUCUAAUAUCUUCUAUCCUAACUACCUUCCCUGCGUUUCCUUAUCACACCCAGCUUUUCUCUAUCCCGACCCUGUCUUUUCCUUCCACAUCGCUCCCUUAUUUUCCCAUCUGAGUUUCACCAAUCUCUCCUUUUUAAAUUGCUUGUUUCAUUGUCUGGCAUCUUGAUUCGUCUCUUUGCUUACUCUAAUAUGAUGUAACCUCUAUUUCCCAUUUUUUGCCCCAAUCGUGCUCCAUCCAUUCAUCAUUCUGCUCACUUUCCCAUUCUUUUCUUUGCUUUCUUUGUUAUCCUACUUACUAUGGCUAUCGUUCUGCCAUUAUCGCUAUGUGCCUUUUAUAUAUAUAUAUAUACACACAAGCACAUAGCGCCUAGCUGUGCUGUGGUAGCUUGGAAAUCUUUGAUAUAUAGAUAUGUGCUAAUACCAAGAGGAUGAAGGCAAUGAACGUCUGAGGCACAGAAGAUGGAAGAUAUAUAUAUACACUACAUAUAAAUAUCACAUAACACCAUGUACAUAAAUGAUGUUAUAUUAUAUAUGUAUAUAAAGAUCAAUAUACUUAUCUUUUUGGAAGCCGCUUUUUGGUUGCGUGCAGCUUACUCGACAAUCAGUAAUGACUCCUUUGUAUUUACUGUAUUAGCGUAUCAAUCUGGUAGUUUAUAAGUCACAAUCCACUCACCAUUAUUCAUAACUAGAUUUCACUUAAUGACAAUAAAUGUACAAAUUUUCACCUAAUCUAAUCCCUUAAAGAAAAGCUGAGGUCAAAAUUUGUUUAAACACGUAGUGAUACUAGAUGAUCUGUUUCAAAACACUAGCAAGUUUUACAAACCACAGUAAUUAAACAUAGAGAAAUGCUUUAUCUACCCGUCUGCUAAAUAAAUAAAUUAAUUUACAAUCUAAAAUGAAUAUUUCCACAUAGUUUUUGGCAGCAUUACACUCUGGUUGCUAUAUAUCAAGCAAUAUUUAAUUGUCAGAUGUUUUGUUCAUGUACUUUACACUUUACACUUGGCGCGGGCAUACACCUACAGGCAGUGUAUGAAAGAAAUCCUGACACUGUUUACUAAUAGGCAUAAUGCUAUUUCCAAAGUAAUUUAUUAUUAUUUAUUUAUGUGCUUACUAAACUAUUAACAUUACACAAUGUCUAAACAUGUGUUUGAAUACCUUAGUCUUUCUGGUAGUUCCAUUUUAUUAAAAUAUUUGUAACCAAUAAUUUUGAAAAAAAAAUUGAUCCCUGAUUUGGUAAAUAAGGUUUUCCAAAACAGCAGAUGCGAAAUACAAGAUUUACAAAGUUUCUCCAACUCAGCGUGGAGAUUUUAAUUUACAUUUAGCACUUCGGUCUUCAAUUCCCUACCAUUUGUGGUUUAGUCAUUAAAGAGACACACGCAAAGCUCUGGCAUCAUCCCACUGUAAAACACAAAACUAUUUUAGCACAGUUUGACAACUUACUUCUGUCCCACCCAGUGACUGAGCAACAUUCGAUGCAUCCAGUCUGCUCCAGCUUUUACUAAUGGAAUAGACUAGACAUGGCUGUGUAGCAUGGGUGCCUGAUGGGAACUGGGUAAGUUGUAAAACCAGGUUUGACAAUAUUAACGUAGGACAGUGCCAAGUUACUUGUGGACCCAACAGCACUAUAUCAGACUGUAGUGGUUAUGGUGCUUAGAGUAUUAAUUUAACCCACUUAGACAUUCCAAUAUGCAUUUAGGAGAUCCCUCUCUACAUAUCUCAAAACAGAAUGCACCUGUCAUGGUUGAUUAUAUAUUUCUUACCUGUUCUAUGGGUUAGAUUUUGUAUGUGUUGUGUAUUUAUAUUGUUUUUGUAUUUAAUUGUACCCUCUUGUAACGAUGCAAUGUUUUGUAGACCCAAAACAUACUUGAAAACAUGUAUACUUCCUGGUAUAAUAUUUUAUAAAUAAAUAAAAUAAUUUACUUUGUAAUUGCAAUCUUCCCGUAUAAAUAAAUACUAACUGUACAGUGUUAAGCAACUUUUUAAAGUGGAGGGUUGCAUACCACACAGAUGUAUAGGGCAAGAACAGAGAAUAUUUACGUAAUAAUGGAAUACAAUAGAACUAUUGUUUUGUUUUGCCCUUACCAUAUUCAUUUUGGAUAACAAAUAUAAAACAAUGAAAAUGUCCUGAAUAUAAAAGUUUACACACAAUCAAAAUGGCACUAGUAAAAAUACCGGGAAAUUGAUUUCAUAACAUUUUAGCAUUUUACAGUCAAAAAUGUGUGUGUACAUUAUAAAUGUAACCCAUUGAACAGCUGCAAAACUGAAGAAUAUGAUUUAACUCAAUAGUAAUUAAACGCACAAGACUUUAGCACGUACAUAACAUCCCUUGCAUAAACAGAAUCAUAUUGCUAAGGAUGUAAGGUUCAUAUGCAGGGCAGGUUAUUUUAUUACCAGUUAGAUUAUAUGACUGUUUCAAAUGUGACCUUACAUGUAAUGUAUAGAUAAUGCAAGGAUGUACAUAUUGAAGCAAUAGGACCCUAUUCUAUCCCCAAUGAUCUGAGCCAAUCUACGCUCCCCAUUCUGAAUGCACGUCUCUUGAUUAAAGGAACAUUAAAGCGUUAGGAAUACAAACCUGUGUUCCCAACGUUUUAAUGUUCCUGUCCCUAAAUUAAUAGGUACACUCUCCCCCCCCCCCCUCAUUCAGCAUAAUAAUGGAUAAAAAAAAUCUUAUUUUUUUACCUUUUUUCCUGAGCUGAGACUCCCUCAACAGUGCUCACUUUUCUUGCUUCUGCAUUACCACGGAGGAGGUAUGCCCUCCUCCACCAAUGUCCUUUCCAAUGUUCCUCAUAGAGGCCAGCAAACUCGUCUGACCUGAACCACAUAUAGAAUCUAUGGGGCAUUGCCAAGAGAAAGAUGAGAGACAUGAGACCGAACAAUGCAGAAUAGCUGAAGGCCGCUAUUCAAGCAUCUUGGUCUUCCAUAACACCUCAGCAGUGCCACAAGCUUCCAUGCCAUGCCGCAUUGAUGCAGUAAUUGCUGCAAAAGGGGCCCAAACCAAGUACUCAGUCCAUAUGCAUGCUUAUACUUUUCAGAGGUCCGAUAUUGUUCUAUGUACACUUCUUGUUUUAUUGAUUGCAUGUAAUAUUCUAAUUUACUGAGAUUGUGAAUUUGGGGUUUACAUGAGCUGUAAGCCAUAAUCAUCGCACUUAUGAUAAAUCACGGCUUGAACUAUCUUGCUUUGCAUGUAAUGCGUCUAUCUCAUAUAUUAGUUUCCCCUUUUAUGUUGCAUUACUGAAAUAAAUGAACUUUUGCAAGAUUUUCAAAUUUUUUGAGUAUCACCUGUAAGGUAAGUUUAAACACCUUAUUUCUAUACUCUAAAGGGAUGCCGGGACCCUAAUAGUUAGUUAAAAAAAUAGUGUUUGGAAUACAUAUUUGUAUUCCUAACAUUAUAGUGCUCCUUUAAAGUCUAAAGGAGGUAGGAUGUAGGAUUACAUAAAAUAUGUACAAUGGAUCCAGAAGAAUUGACACCUUGCAAGGUUUGAUCAUAGAAUCCAGAAACGAGAGCAAGGUUACUAAGUGUAACAGCAAUAUACAAUUUUAUUAGAUUAUAUGAUUAUAUGGUAAAAUAGGAUUAUGACCGAUAGAGCAAUCUUACUUCCUAGCUCUAAUAUUUUAAAAUACUGUGACAUAAUGCGUGCUUGCACAGUGUUGUCAUGGUCGGCCACAGAAAAUAAUUGAGGACAAUGAUUCUCUAUGGAGUAAUUGUAGGUGCAUCACUGUGAGUGGAGCGCAUGUGCCUAUAUUCCCGAAUGUUCCUCUAUGAGGAGUAUUGGAUUGUCCCGUUAUCCUGGAGGCACACCUCCAUGAUGAUGUAACCCAAGCAGGCGGUCGCGGCAAUGCUGAGGGAGACUCGUGUUGGAGAGAAGGUGAGUAAUUUGUUUAUAUAUAUAUAUAUUGUGUUUUUACUUUUUUUGUGAACAAUUGGAGGCAUGCAUAUUGAUAAGGGCCAACAGGACUGUAGGGUUAGCAAUACUUUAAUGUGUUCCUAUCACUACAGGAAUCCUUUAAUAGAUUAAAUCAUAGGUUGUUAAAACAAACAAAUAAACAAGCAAAUAAAUAAAAAAAAGCACAUUAUAUAUAUGGGUUCCUUACUGAAAAACCACAGUAAAUGAUGUUGAAAUAGAACCAGGAGCUCAGAAAACAUGCUCAUCACAGGGGAAUAACAAAGACUGCAGCAAAGGGCAAUUAUAUUUACUGCUGCCAUUUGUGUAAGGCUCAUUAGUUAUCAUUUACCUUCCCCAACAAUCUGUUGUGUAAACAGGAUCAGGUUAACUGAAAGAUCCCAAUAGCCAAGAGUUCCUGUGAAUCAUUUGUAACCGUAAUUGUGAUAAAUUUAUCCUAAUUCACUAUAUUUUCAUAAAGUUCACAAGAUCUUCAUAUAAAGUGAAUAAGUUAUGGAUUGUAAAUCUCUCCCAUUGCAUUUUUUUAGAAAUACACUUAUCUAUUUUCUUAUACUUUACCCCAUCAUAACAUUUUAUAGCUGUAGCUUAUGUAACUAGCGCUCACGCCAAACUUACAUAAGUCUUAAAUUGACGUGUUCUUAUCAUAUGGUGCUGUUUACAAAUAUACACUGGUUUCUGCUUCUUGUUUUUUUUUUUACUAUCUUUAUUUUUCGUUGUAAAAACUAUAAAUAUAACAAGCAAAAGCGUAAUGUUGCAUCUUCCGUUGUGGACAUUUUUGUUUAAGGACAGAGUGAGCUUCGACAUGCAUAUAGACACCUUCAGCAUUAAUCUCGUUAUACAUUGGGUCAGAAAAAGAACUCGGUAUGCUUAUUUUGAGGUUCACGUUCAAGUAUAUAACAACAGUAUGAAUGGUCCCUAUCAUCGGCCCAUCUAACAUUUACCACAUUAAGUUACGUUUACCGUUCUUGAACCACUGGUCUGCAGCACCUCACCAGUUUGUUAGUGUAGGUCUAGUCUUGAGAGUUCCGUUUCCUUAAUUAAUAGUUAGCAUAUAUUAUUAUUUAUUAUUAUUAUUUAUAAAAUAUUUUACCAGGAAAGAUACAUUGAGAUUUCUCUCGUUUUCAAGUAUAUCCUGGGUCCACAAAUCAUUGCAUUGUUACAUUAGGGUACAACAAAAUCCAAAAACAAUAUUAAUACACAAUAAAUACAAAAUUUAACAUAGAACAGGCAGGAAAUAUAUAAUCAACCAUGACGCAUGCAUUCUGUUUUGAGGUAUGUAGAGAGGGAUCUCUUAAAGGACUUUAGGCUUAGGGAAGAUUUUAAAUGGUGCGGGAGGUUGUUCCACAAUUGUGGUGCUCUGUAGGAGAAGGAGGAUCGGGCCGCUUUCUUUUUGUAUUGAGGUAGACUAAGUAAAGUGCUUGUACUGGAUCGGAGCUUAUAGGAAGUGGGAACAGCUGGGGAAAGCAUUUUGUUCAGGUAGGGUGGGAGUUUCCCAGAAAAGCUCUUAAACAUGAGGCUGGAAAGAUGAAGGGUGCGUCUGGAUUCCAGCGACAGCCAGUUUAGUUCUUUUAGCAUGUCACAAUGAUGGGUCCUGUAAUUACAUUGUAGCACAAAUCGGCAGAACGAGUUAUAUGAUGUAAUGAGUUUAUUAAUGUGGGAUUGCUAUGCAGGUGCAUAUACUACAUCCCCAUAAUCAAUGAUUGGCAUCAGCAUUUGCUGUACAAUCUUUUCCUUCACUGUAGGGCUUAAGCAGGAUUUGUUUCUGUACAGGGCACCUAGUUUUGGAUAAAGUUUAGAUGCAAGCUUUUCUAUGUGCAGGCCAAAAGAUAGAUUGGGGUCUAACAUCAUACCCAAGUAUUUGAAAGAGUGGAAUGCGGUCAGUGUGCUAUUUGAAUUUGUUUUGAUGGAUAGGUGGGAAUUGUGUAAUUUGUGUAAUUUAGGUACUGUUCCAAAGAUCAUUGUGACAGUUUUGUCAUUGUUCAGGAAGAGUUUGUUUUUUGUGAUCCACUUUUCUACCUCUGUAAACUGGUCUUGGAGCACAGUCUCAAGUUGCGGUAGAUUGGAUUUACUCGCAUAGAUUACCGUGUCAUCUGCGUACAUGUGUAUCUGUGCUGUAGCCUUGUGACACCCUCUCAAGGUUAUUUCUGUACAUAAACCUUCCGCUGCGUUAUACCUCACGCAGCACUAUGGUUAUAGUUGUUAGUGAGUAUGGGAUAUGUGUGUCUUAACUGUAGUCAGUAGGAAGAUUUAGUAUGUUACUCUCAGGUAAUGUUCAGGUAAGCUUGUCAUCAUCCUUGCGUGCCUGCUUUAUACCCUUCCCAGGCCUGAGGGAAUGUAUGUACUUAUAGCCAAAGCCUGGUCACCUUCUGUGUGCUCAACACUUGAGCCCCACUUUAUUUUGGGUGGUCAGGGACGUGUUGUUCAGUAUUUUUCCUGUUAUGAUCCGGAUCUGUGUACAGCAGUGUCAAGUUUGGUGUUAUAUAUCUUUGGUCUAUAUGUCUAUUUCCAGGGCUAGUCAACUGCUUCCUGUUUUGCUACGUUUCCCCCGCUGUUGGAAUGUCCAACUGGGUAAUGGUUCUGGGAAUGAACUCAUACAUUUGGGGGGGAGAGGAUAAGGGGGAGGUGUACUCGGAUGGAAGGAGUGAGGGUUAAGGAGGUGUGGAUCGGUGGGAGGAGGGAUGGGGGUACAAUAGUUUCUAAACCUAUCUCAGGCCUAUUACUCUAAACUAACUGUCACUUGUGAUAAAUUGUAGCUCUACAUGGAAGCUGAUUGGAAUAUCCAUUGAAUCUUCGCAGUUUUUUUAUAACCCAGUAUACUGAGAGCUAACCUUAGCACCUUGAAGUUUCUGAAUUUCAUUUCCCUAAGAAGCAGAUUCAUUAUUUCCUUUUGUGAAUGCUUUAUUUCAUGUGCCAGAUAUCUACUAAUGUGGUUAGAAUUCUGUAAAAUGCUGUCUGUUGUAGCCUUACCACUUAUAUAAUGUUAUAGUAUAAAAAGUUACAGCUAUAUUACUUGCUUUUCUCAAAGUUAACAUAGAAAAGAGACUCAUUCUGAGAAUUAUACUUAAUUUAAAGCAACCUUUAAUCUACAAUACCCAAUUUGGAAAACUUCUUUAACUUCAGGCUAUUUUUGCUUAAAAUUUAUUUUAAAGUAACACUCCUGGCACCAUAACAACUUAAUCAGAAUUCAGAUGUUAUGGUACCCCAGGUGGUCCAUGGUGCUGGCAUACCUUUAGGGUGAUUGGAGUGUUCCUUUAAAUUUUCCCUAUAUUCCUGAAAAGACGCACUUUAGUGAAUAACCCACUCAGAUUAUUGCACAAACAUCAUAUCUUCUGUUCUAUGACAAUAAAUAUCUUUGUCCAAAAAACCCUCAAUAACAAUGUUUUGUGCUUCUUUUUUCUAGAUUGGAGCAUCUCUUUUUGCCAGUAACAUCGGUAGCGGACACUUUGUUGGUCUAGCGGGGACAGCAGCUGCUGGAGGCAUUGUGAUUGGAGGCUUUGAAUGGAAUGUACGAUUUAAUUCAUAUAUAGCACCAAACUGUUUCUCUGUGUAUCCGUAAUUGGUGAAUUUUAUUUAUACUUUAAGAUUCCCCCAGUGUAAAUAUGCUUAUCAGAAGUCUCUUUUCUGCAUCCCAAUCCACCCAUUGUGAGACCAUCUCUGGUCCAUUCCAACAUCUCUCACAGAGAAAAAUUGGGGACCUAUACCGCAUGCACGAGUUUUGCCAUACUUUGCCAAUUCAGUGAUUCUCAUAGAGAAAGACUGAAUCCAGUAGUGGCAGAUGGUGUCAUCAUGCAUGUGUGACGUCAAACAUGAAGAUCUUUAAACAUACAAAGCAGAAAGGAUGUGCCUCUAUUGGCUGUCUGUCUGACAGGCACUAGAGGCAUGUUUUAGGCAAAAUGUAAAUAUUGAUUUUUUUUUCAUUUUCUUAAGGGGUAUCACAUAUGCACCAAAAACUCUUCAUUAAGAUUAAGUGGUUAUGGUGUUUAGAGUAUAAGUGCUUGCUAAGUUAAAGUAAAAUAUUGACUAUAUCAUGACCAACCCAAGCUCAGUAAAGUUCAAAUUGAUAUUGUUUUAGUUUGUGGCCCAAAUCAGUCAUUAUCAUAAAUAAAUAGAUAAUGCUAUUAGCAGUAUAGAGUCACAAUGAUACCUUAAACAUGCUACCCAACAUAAAAAUACAUAUCAAAACAGAAGUAAAAAAAGGUCAAAAGUAGUGAGAAAAGGGAGAAAGUCAAAAUAGCCCCCAACUUUUCAGCAGGAUUGCCUUUAUCAAGGGAGCACAAAAAGCAAUCCUGCCGAAAUGUUGGGGGCUAUUUUGACUUUCUCCCUUUUCUCACUACUUCUGACAAUUUUUUCCCCUUCUUUUUUGGUAUGUAUUUUUAUGUUGGGUAGCCUGUUUAAGGUAUCAUUGUGAAUCUAUACUGCUAAUAACAUUAUUGCACUUUUUGGUUGUUUUCAAAGAAUACAUGUUAUCAUUUGUAUACCUUGUAUGCUUUUUUGUAUUGAGCUUUGUUUUAACAUUAUUGCUAAUGUUGUUUGGUAUAAACUUGGGGUACCUAGUGUACUGGACCCAACAAAUAAAAUAUGUUUAACCCCUUAACACCGUUACGGUGUUCUAUGCCGUCCCCAUUAUAAUGGGCUUUAAAACCAUUGCAGCGGCAUAGAACCACGUAACGGCUUAAGCCCCCAGGAGCUCCGGUGGACUUACCUCCACCGCGAUCCUCAACGGAAGGACUGCCUGACAGCCCAGGCAGCCCUCCCCUGGCAAAUCAGGCCCCCUGGGGCCAUGUGAUCGCUCUCAAAGAGCAAUCACAUGACCGCAAUAGCUGGCUGUGGAUCUGCCUGCAGGGGGACUGUCUGGGCUGUCAGACAGUCCCCCCCUGCUGGUGGGAAGUGUAACAAAAAAAUAAUAAUUAAAUAUGUUUAAAAUAAAUUAAAUGUACAUAUAUAUAUGUAAUAUAUACAUCUUAUAUAUAUGUAACGUCUUACGUAGUGUAUUUUAAUAUUAAUAUAAGUACAUAUAUUAGUAUUAAAAUACACUUAGAAUGAAGUUACAUAUAUAUAAAAUUUAUAUAUAUUAUAUAAAUAAUACAUAUAUAUUUUAUAUUUAUAUAUAUAUACGUAUAAUUACAAUAAUAAAUAAAUAAAAUAAAAUAAAUAACAUACUUUUUUUAAAUGAAAAUAAAUUAUAUAUACAUAUGUAAUUUCAUUCUAACUGUAUUUUGUAAUAUAUAUAUAUAUAUAUACAUAUAUAUAUAUGUAACAAAAUACAUUUAGAAUGACAUUCCAUAUAUAUCUAUAUAUAAAAUACAAAUAACCGUCAAUAUAUAUAUAUAUAGUUAAUAUAUAUAAUUACAUUAAUGAUCACAUAAGUAUACACGUAGAAUUUAAAUACGUAUAUAUGUAUAUAUAUUAAAAUUCUACGUGUAUAUUUAAGUAAUCUUUUAGCAUAAUUAUGUGAUUUUAUUAAUUAAAAUUUGAUUGACAUGCCUGACAACCCAGGCAGAAAAUGCAGAGAAUGUAAUUCGCAAACACUAUAUUAAACCCUGUAACUUUCCAAGACACCUUAAACUCUGUACACGGGGGGUACUGUUUUACUCAGGAGACUUCGUUAAACACAAAUAUUAGUGUUUCAAAAUGGUAAAUUGUAUUACAAUGAUGUUAUUUUUAGUGAAAGUGACGGAUUUUUCACACAUGAACGGCACUUUUACUGACCAUAUUAUUGUUGUAAUACAUUUUACUGUUUUGAAACACUAAUGUUUGUGUUUAGUGAAGUCUCCCGAGAAUAACAAUACCCCCCAUGUACAGGUUUUAUGGUGUUUUGGAAAGUUAGAGAGUCAAAUAUAAGGCUUGCAUUACAUUUUUUUCACAUUGAAAUUUGCCAGAUUGGUUAUGUUGCCUUUGAGACCGUAUGGUAGCCCAGGAAUGAGAAUUAUCCCCAUGAUGGCAUACCAUUUGCAAAAGUAGGGAACCCAAGAUAUUGCAAGUGGGGUAUGUCCAGUCUUUUUAGUAGCCACUUAGUCACAAACACUGGCCAAAUAUAGUUUUUUUGCUUUUUUCACACAAAAACAAAUAUGAACGCUAACUUUGGCCAGUGUUUGUGACAAAGUGGCUACUAAAAAAGACUGGGCAUACCCCACUUGCAAUACCUUGAGUUUUCUACUUUUGCAAAUGGUAUGCCAUCAUGGGGGUAAUUCUCCUUCCUGGGCUACCACACGGCCUCAAAGGUAACAUUACUAAUGUGGCAAAUUUAAAGGGACACUCCAGACACCCUGACCACUUCUGCCCAUUGGAGUGGUCUGGGUGCCAACUCCCACUACCCUGUCUACGAGACAGCCACGAGAGGGACUUCCGUGUUCUUAGAACACAAAAAGUGUUUUAAGCGAUGCUGGACGUCCUCACGCUGUGUGAGGAUCUCCAGCGUCACUGAAAUCCCCAUUGGAAAGCAUUGAAUAAUGCUUUCCUAUGGGAGUCUAAUGCGCGUUCGUGGCCAUUGUCGCGCAUGCGCAUUAGGUCUCCCCCCGCCGGCUGACGGCGGGGGAGGAGAGUAGGCAGAGCCUGACCCAGCGCCGAGCGACAUUGGCGCUGAACUCCGGUAAGUCACUGAAGGGGUUUUAACCCCUUCAGCAACUUGGGAUGGGGGGUGGAGGCAGAGGGGCACUGUAGGGUUCUGCAGUGCCAGGAAAACUAAUAUGUUUUCCUGGUACUGGAAAGUCCCUUUAAAUGUGAAAAAAUGGAAAGUGCUAUAUUUGAACCUGUAACUUUCCAAAACUCCAUAAAACCUAUUAAAGGGGGGUUACUGUUGUACUCGUGAGGCUCUGCUGAAUACAAAUAUGUGCCUUUUAUUGCAGUAAAAGCUAACAGUAUUAUGACAUUUACAGCUAAAAAGUCAGGCGGAACUACACAUUUUUUUUUUUAAAUCUUAAUUUCUCACAGUUUUUUUUAUUUUAUUCAUAAUAAAAUUAUGUUUCAUAUAUGAAAAGUUUAUGAGAAAUUAAAGCCCUGUUUCUCCUGAACAAAAUGAUAUAUAAUAAGUGUGGGUGCACUUAAUAUGAAAGAGGUGAAUUACAGUAGAACAGACAUAUAGCGCAAAUUCCAGUUUUUGUUUACAUUUUGUUUUGAUCAGAACGUGCACUAUUGACUCCGUCCUGAAGGGGUUAAUGCUGUUGAAUGGUUAUUGUAAUAUUUGCAGAUAGUUGUCAUCAGCAUUCUACCUAUCACACCUGAUGGAAUUUAUUGUGCUACAUGCAAGUAAGUUGUGGGUCAGAAUCUUUAUACCAGUAAAACCUGAAGAAUAUUCAGCAGAAUGUGCGAAUGAAACAUUCCCUGUCAUGUGAGCAUUUAAUAAUUUGUAUGCCAGCAGACUGUCAUCACUAAAAGGACACAAUGUGUAGUGUCAUGAUUUGUUAGACUUAGAGCAUCUAAUUCUUUUUGUUUUGCUUAAUGUUUUUUCCUGUAGGCACUGGUUAUUGUGGUGAUUCUUGGCUGGAUUUUUGUUCCAAUCUAUGUGAAGGCUGGGGUAAGUUUUGAUGAACAAAUUCCUUUUCAAUUUCACUAUAUAGAAUUACAUAAAACAGUGAAAAUGCUACAAUUCUGUAUUUCACAAUCAAAAGCCUACUCUGGGGUUUAUUCUUUUAUCAGCAGCUUAUGUAAUAAAUUUGCUUUAAGAUUAGCUUGCAAUUGAAAAACUGAGAUACCCAUAGUUUUAGGAAUUAAAAACACACCAUAAUUUAUAUUAUUAGUGCAAUUAAAAAAAGUGUGAAUUGUGAUGAACAAACACAAUGGGGGAAGUGAAAGUGACAUACCCCUUUAAAUGUGGAGCUGCACAUAAGCAACGUUAAAACAUAAUUAUGUGUGUUCUUUUUAUGCAAGUGUAAAUAAAUUAAGCAAACGCUUUAUAUGGGAGUGUAGUAGGCAUGUCAUUUUUAAAACUUUAUUUAUGCAGAUAGCAGGCUGCAGGUCAUACAUAAAAAUCCAAGAUUUAAAAAUCCGAUACAUGUACCGUCUAAUAAAAUUUUGUAUAUGCAAAUUAACAAGGUGCUAAGGUGCUGAUUGAGUCCAGUAAUAAGCCAUUUUACUUAGGUGUCCUGAAGACACAGUGCCUCAAAGCAAGUGGCGUGUGACUGGUUAAUCUGAGCUACCUCCCGCAGCAAAGCUGUGUAAUUGAAGUUACGGGAAAGUCUCAGUGGUAAUAGGGCCUCUUUGUCAGAUGGAAUUAAAAGAAACAACAGCUCAAUUUUCAAACAAAUCACAGUAUCUCUGAACCCCCAUCCUCUCCAGGCCCCAAAAUGACAAGGGCUCCUAGCCUUGGGAAAAAUAGGUAUGAUGUAGGAUGAGAGACAGGGGACAUAGGAGUAUGAGGCAUCGGUAAAACUGUCCCACAGAUAUAUAAUGUACGGCUGUAGGGCACCACAUACAUAGGGAAGCCCUGUGUAACAUAGGGAGACAGAUUGAGAAUUGUUGGAAGUCUGGACCAGCCACCCGACGUCUCACUCCUGUUGGGGACUGCCAGGCUCCUCCAAAAGAAGGAUUCUAUAGCAGGGAGGGAUUUUAAAUCAGCUUAUGAUACAGGCACUAGGAGCACCAGGAAUAAGUAAAGCAGCCUGCGGAGGAGGACUAGACAUGCUAUUAACACAGACUGUUUGAUAUAUCAGCUGAAGCAAACAAUAUCACUUGUAUGACUUUACAUAACUGACCUUCAAGUAAUUUAAGAACUUUGGUCUCUUUGGUUUAUGUAAUAUACUGCAUGUACAUUAGGAUUGUCUUAUAAAGAUUAUUCACUGAUCUGUAAAAAUGAAUACUAAUCAUAUUAUCUGUAUAUAUUGUGAUUAUGAGCAAAUUACAUUUUAGGAAAGUAAUACAUUUUAUAAUCAACAUAAAAUUGCUGAAAGUCAAUACAUGGCAUCAUUAAGCAGUUACCGAUAAGAGAACAAUAGUGCUACCCUUGGUCAUAUCGUAUCACGUUAAAGACUUUUCCAUUCUUUUGGACCCUGACCCCUGAGUACUGGGAUGGAAUUACAUGGGGAAGAAGGUUUGACAGAUAAAGUAUAAUGAUACCAUAAAGUACAACGGAUAAAUCGUAUAGUAUCAACUUAGACUAAUACUCAGGAGGAGGGAGUUAUAAGGAGAUCGAUGAAUAAAACCUGAAAUAGAAAGAAAGAGAGAAAAAAUUAAAAAGGGGGGAAAAGGACUACAAGAGGAUGUGAUAGAAACUAAAAACACACCAAUGGGCUGAAGCCCUUGUCUUGUGGAGCCAAACCACAGUUUACUGUUUGUCAGUGUUGUCAUAUGAUGGAGCCCACCUCCUGAUAUGGCGUGUCCCUCUUAAUACAUAUUAUAACCACUUAUAGCUGCUCCUGGUUUCUUUUGGGAGAGCAUGGAUGAGUAAUUACCAAAUACAGCAUGCCAUUAAGCCGAAGUGCAGUAGGUGUUUGGAUAGUAAAGGGGAAUUGUCACUUCUCUGGAAUUCACAUUAUUAAUAAAAACAUUGAAAUCACCUAUAACAUGUGUAAAGAAACGUUUUCUUUUAAAAUGAAAUAUUUAGCAAAUUACGCCAUAAGGUACUUGAGUCAAGACAAAGCCACGGCAAUCAUUACUAAUAAAGAGGAGAAAUAAUACCCCCAAAAAAUGUAUUCUUUCUCUAUGCUGACUGUCCAAAGGACAUAGCUUAUAAUAAUGACUGACAGGGAGCUAAGAUGGAGUCUCCCUGUUGCAGAAUACAGAAGUGUGGAUUUCUACAUUUAAUUUUUUACACUUCAGCAGGGCCAGCUCGUCCAUAGGACCCUUUGGGGCCAUGGCUCCAGGCAUUUUGCCGCCCUGUCAAAUCUUGUUUCUAUCUAUAACACUCCCCGCUAUGGGCGCCACUAAUGGGCAGCAGAUGCCCCCUGAAUUAUUCCCUACCUCUCCUCCCCGUGUAUUCCCCAACCCAAUUUGUAAUUUGCCCAUGGCUUGCACUUCUGUUAUAAACACAUGCUGGUGGAGAUGGAUUAAUAGGCGCAGGAUGUAGACAGCCGGCAUGACUGCUGAAAAACACGGUACCGCAAGGGUGCAGCUUCCAUGAGCUUCAUGUAGUGUGGCCAAGCAGACCGCACCGUGGUAGAGGAUCUUUAUCCUCUACCCAGUCUGACAAGAAGUGCUCAGUGAGAGAACUGAACAGCUUCCUAUAAGUCCAAGUAGAGGAAACCGAAGCUCAUCUACGGCAGUCCGCUUGGCCACACUACAUAAGGGGACGAUGACGCACACAGAUGGGCUGGGGAUGGGGACAAUAAUACACAGCAGUUAAAGAACGGGACAAUGACACAGAGAGGGGCUGAGGAAGGGGAAAUGAUGCAGAGAGGGGCUGGAAGGGGACAAUGACACAGAGAGGGGCUGGGAAGGUGAAAAUGACACACACACAGGAGCUGGGGAAGUGGACAAUGACAGAAAAAGGGGCUCAGGAGAAAGAGACACAUACAGUGCUAUAGAAAUAAGGGGCUGGAGGGAAAUAAGAGACACAACAAGGGGAAAGUAAGAGCCAAGACACAAGAUGUAAAAAUGGGGUAUUAUAUACACUAAAGGGGAUUAAAUACACAAAAAAGGGGGGGGGGGUAAGAUACACAAAAAGGGUCAGACAUUCAAAUGAUGGGAUAAAAAACACAAAACGGGUGAUAAAAAUAAAAGGGGGGGGGAGAGACACACAGGUAAAGAUGCAUUUUUUUUGUGGGGAGAGGGAGAGUGUCAAACUGCAUCUUUGCCUGAGUUGUCAAAAAUACUUGCAAUGGCCCUUCAUCCACUACUACUCUGCAUACACUAUACACACACUGCAUCCACACACUGCAUACAGUAUACAAACACAGACUCUGCAUAAUUAUGCACAAACAAUGCAUCCACUACACACACUGCACUCACUACACAAUCGCACACUCUACAUUCACUAUACAUAAUACAUAACAUAAUGGAUGCCGGUGUAUUUUGGUGGGCAUUUCAUCCUUGGUCCCAGGCAGCACAAUGUCUUGGGCCGGCUCUGCACUACAACAAUACAUAUUUAUUAAAUAAAUGGAUAAGUAAAACAUAAAUUAUUCCUUGUUUUUGAUAUAUAAGCAAUUUUCCUUUUCAGUGGGUUAAAGGGAUACUAUAGUCACCAGAACAACUACAGCUUAUUGAAUUUGUUCUGGUGAGUGGAAUCAUUACCUUCAGGCUUUUUGCUGUAAACAAUGUAUUUUUUUAAAAAAAAUGUAUUCUUUCUCUAUGCUGACUGUCCAAAGGAGAAAAGACAGUGUUUACAUUACAGCCUAGUGAUAACUUCACUGGCCACUCCUCAGAUAGCUGUUAGAGAUCCUUCCUAGGUCAUGGCUGCCUAAAAUGCAUCAAAACAUUCAGUAUCUCCUCCCUCUGCAUGCAGACACUGAACUUUCCUCAUAGAGAAUCAUUGAUUCAAUUCAUCUCUAUGAGGAGAUGCUGAUUGGCCAGGGCUGUGUUUGAUUCAUGCUGGCUCUGCCCCUGAUCUGCCUCCUUGUCAGUCUCAGCCAAUCCUAUGGGGAAGCAUUGUGAUUAGAUCAGGCCACUACUUCUGAUGAUGUCAGCAGACUGCUUGUUUUUCUGAGACAAACAGCAUUCAGAGUUGUAGCUUCAGGCUUGAAUACAGUAAGAUUUUGCUAUAUUUAUGGAGGCAUCAGGGGCUCAGUGGGGCUAGAUGGUGGUUUUAACACUUUAGGGUCAGGAAUACAUGUUUGUGUUCCCGACCCUAUAGUGAUCCUUUAAAUACCAUAGACAAAACUUCAGUGCCAAUCAACAUUUUCAUUAGAAAUUAACUUUGGUAUUGAGAUUUUACAAAAAUAGAGAUGAAUAUACAAAAGAAGAUACAGAGUAUGAGAACUGUUUUCUUCAGUUUUAAUUUAUCUAACUAUGCGUGGCUGCAGGGGACCAGUGGCAUUUGAACAGUAAGAUUGAUGAUCAGAUUACACCUGUUAUGUAAACACUGCUUGCUAGUAGAGGGCUGAUAGUACAAUGGAUCUUUGUGUGUACAGACAGACUUGCAUGGUGUGUGCUUGAGCUUUGGGAGAGUCUAGUUGCCAAGCUUCAUAGAAAAAAUACAUUUAUUUUUUCUGCAUUGUUCGGGGCACUGUCACAGUCUAGGGACUUUGCAUAAUUUGCUAGAUGGGGACAUUGCCUCUGUGGUCCCGUGGCCAGGGAGGGAAGGGAAAAGUAAGAUGUACUUACCUGAACCUGUCCCUCGCAGGUGCUACUAUCUUCUUCCGACUAGUCCUUCUCUGGAACCACCAUCACUGGUGUACAGCUAAUAUCUCUGCAGCCGGAACUGGUGAUGGCUGGGAGAGUGACACUUCUAGACGAUGGUAGCUCCAACCAGUUUCUAGAAGUGUCAGACUUAGGAAGUAUACUGAGACAAAGAAUUCCCUACUGUUGUGGAAUUUGUAAAAUGUUUAACAUGACUAUUUCAUAAAGAUUUUAUCUUAUUUAUCAAAUAGUGAUUUUGCAAGGGUGGAUGGGGUGGGGAUUGACAGUGCUGCUUUUAGGAGUUAUUGUGAAAAGGUUUGAGUCACCAAACUGCAAGCUGUGUGGAGCUAACUUAGAAAAGGUAGACACAAGGAGCCUCAUUGGGAAAAAAAACUCCAUCCUGACCAAGUAGGAGAUUUUUCCAGUUGGGCUGUUCAUACAUUUUGCAAGAAGAUUCUCAACUCACUGCAAGAUAAAUCUCAAUGAAAGGGUUCUAGGUGGAAAAUAGAGCAGAGGCUUCAGCCCAAGUGCCAAUUUUAUGGUCUCUCCCAUAUAUUGACUUAAGAUCUCUCAGAACUCCUUCCUAUGCAAUAUCCGGUGUCCAGCCUUGGAACUUUUUCCAAUUUUCUGUAAAUCACUCAUCCAUAGAUAUUUGCAGUUUAAUGCUGGGAGCUAGUUGGUUCCCCUGGCAGAUGUGAAUUAGGCAGUCCAGUAUGCUGCUCCAGAGCUGCUUAAUGUCAAUCCUAUGCAAAAAAUAUAUCUGAUGUCAGUGCGCACUGUACACUGGUGACUGACGUCAGUGUCUCCCCUCGUAAACAAUGCUGGAAGUGUGCCUGCAAGGGGAAGCUUGCUGUCCUCCCAUCCCUGGCUCAGAGCGAAUGGUCCAACCAAAUGCUUCUCUAUGACGCAGUGUGAUGGCAGGCCAGGGGGUUGCAAACUGGCAUGGGGAGCUUUGCCUGGUGCUGGAUUCCAGGCAAGUUUUAACCUAUUUUAUGAAUAGGCAUUAUUAAGUUAAAAUAGUAACCUUUUAACUUCAGACUUACAGCAGUAACCCUGCACCCACAGAAAUAUCUAAACACUAUGCUGUAUAAUUUAAAAGUUGUCCACUGAUAAAGUGGCAUUGUCACAAAAUAUUAUGUAUUUGGAAGUGUUAUUUCUAUCUCAAUGUUACAUGGGAAUCAGAAAUAACAAUGAAAGCGUGUUAAAAUCAGACCAUGGUCACCCAUGUUUGUAGUGAAAAGCGAUGUUAUUAUGCAAUAUAGGCAAGUUUUAGCAAUGUUAUCUAUUAUACAAUGCCUCAUACAGCAUAACGUAUCUAAGCAUUACUUAGUAUUAUUGUGUAACCAACUACUGCUAUCCCACACAACGAGUUAACACACCAUACCUACACUAGCAUAGAUGACCUAGCAGUAUUAAGCAACCAGCAUCACUAUUUCAUUUCAUUUAAUCUUACUCUUACGAAAUAACUGUUUAGUUAAGCUUGCAAAAUAUAAAAUUUGUGCGAAUUAUAAUGCCACUGUCUGACUACUGUGAAAGCUUGUAAUACGCUAUUGUGGCGUCUGUCGAUACCAUGUAACCACCUGCACCAUGGGCAUCUCUGAACCCUAACCCACUCAGGUCAACCCUGUCAAGCAACAGCCCUGUCUCAAAGUAUACUUCUUGGCUAUUAAUUUUUUGGACUAAAUUUCACAAAUUGAUUGCCAGCUCAGGACUUGUUUCCAGUGUCGGUAAAUAUCAACUAAGCUGCAGUUAUUAGUCAGUACCUAUUUCUAUCCAUGCAAUACCUACGAGUUUCCAAAUUUCACCUCAUCUUUAAAGUCUUCUCAAGACUAACGUCUACCUCAACUGAUACCAACCACCAUGUAGAGUUAACUAUUAUGCUAAUUGGGAAAAAGGUAACAAUUAAUUGUCAUAGCAGUUACAUCAGGACUAUCUGCCAUCAACCACCCCGUCUGAGCCAAGAGACUGACCAUCUCCUAGCCCUCACACUUAUUAUCCUUCACUCUUGCAGCCCAUGGUGUUAGGAGAGGAGUAGUCUGAACCCAAAAUUAUUGGGGUCCAGGAUCCCCAUUUUAAAUUAAAUAAUUUCAUUUAUUUGUUUAUACAGCUAGAGGGAAUUAGAAACAUGGAAUUUGACGGCAGAUAAGAACCAUUCGGCCCAUCUAGUCUGCCCAUUUUUCUAAAUACUUUCAUGAGUCCCUGGCCUUAUCUUAUAGUUAGGAUAGCCUUAUGCCUAUCCCACACAUGCUUAAACUCCUUUACUGUGUUAACCUCUACCACUUCAGCUGGAAGGCUAUUCCAUGCAUCCACUACCCUCUCAGUAAAGUAAUACUUCCUGAUAUUAUUAUUGUUUUUUUUUUUUAUAUAUGUAAUUCUUUAUUUUGUUUGUGCAAAGAUUUAACAAGCAGGUUUGCAUUGCCACAACAGCUGGUGCAAACAAAUGAUUUGUCAUAAGAUUACAGGAAUGAAGGCUAGGAAUGACCCUAACACUUUAUCAACAGUAUUAUUAAGUAUUAAAAAAUAUUUUUAUUUCAUAAUGUAUAAGCACAUAUAAAACAAAUAAAACAUAUAAAAUAUAAAUGUAUAAGUAUACCAUGUACAUAUGGUUGGAAAAAACACCAAAUAUUGAGCUAUAAGAAUAAGUGGAAAACUAGCUUUUAAGGCCUACCGCUGGCAUUCCAGCUCUGGUACUGUGAAGUAAAUGCAGUUUGAGUAGCAAUUACACCCCUCUAUUAGUGAGGCAGCAUGGUGGGAUCACAUUGAAUACUUUGCUGUGCAGCAUGUGGUUGUUUCCAGCUAUGCUUUCAUUGAGAUCCUGGAGGAUCUGUAGCAUGCUGUUCAUGGAUAGAGAGAUGGGGACUUAAUAAGAAAGGCAGGACAUAAAAGAUAAGGGGGCAUAAUAGGAAACGGGGACAUAAUAAGAACCUUACUGUGGGUGUAGGGAUCAUCGUACUUUCCUUUAGUCUGACGCCCUAGGUGUUUGUGUAACCUAGCAACACCCAUGUCGGUCUUUAUGAGGUAUGGGGGUUUGUGAUUAUUCAAGGACAACUUUCACCUCAAAAAUAUUUUUCAUAAAAUAAUCCUUUCAUCACAUUGUAUUUUAUAUAUCAAAGUAUACAAUAUAUACCAUAUAUAUAUAAAAUAAAAAUAAUAUUCAAAUCCUUGCACUCACGCUCAAAAUUAUUGUGCAUUAAAGCAUUUAGUAUACUUGCCGGGUGCCAGUCCUUAUUGGGAUGUAGAUAAACACCUAUGGUAUAUAGAAGCACGGGCUGCACUCACGGUCUUUGCAUUGAAACAUUCUUUAUUCCAUUAAGUGAAAGAGAUCUCUUUCACUUAAUGGAACAAAGAAUCUUUCAAUGCAAAGACCAUGAGUGCAGCCCGUGCUUCUAUAUACCAUAGGUAUAUAUAUAUAUAUAUAUAUAUAUGUAGAAUUAUAAGUAUGAAAAUGAGAAACCUUCAUCUCUACCUUUAGCAUGUAACAGAUCCUUCAGCCAUAUACACGCAUCUUAAGCUGUACAGUUUCUUUAAACCGACAGUUAGUCUUCCCAGCUUCUGUGCAGGGAGCGAAAUAGAGAAGACCAUCGAAACUAACUGUCGGUUUUCAGACACUGUCUGACCCAAUGUGCAUGUACAUGGAUGAAGGAUUCUAAAGGUAGUGAUGAGUUUCUCAUUUUCAUACAUAUUCUUAAUUAUUUUUUUUAAAUAUGCAUAUUCCUUUCAAAACUUGAUAUAAGAAUUAUUAAAAUAUUAUAGUUUUGAGGUGACAAUUGUCCUUUAACUGGAAUCCAUUCCUUACACUAACUUGAGGCAGGUUGUAAACGUGGAGAGAUAGUGUCAGCGAGUAAAACUUAUUGACUAACAUUGAAAUGAUUUGUUAAUUUACGCUCAGUGUCAGCUAUUAUUCUCUAUUGGAGCUGGUCAAAGUCUUGCCAGCAAGGAACUGCUAAUCGCUUAUGGUAGGAUUUAGCAAUAUGGGCACAUCCGCUACUUGCUAACGUCUUUUAAUGAGUGUUCCAUUCUCUGUGUCUGUCCACAGGUGGUGACAAUGCCAGAAUAUUUAAGGAAGCGGUUUGGAGGUGACCGGAUACGGGUUUAUUUAUCUGUCCUGUCUCUGCUUCUCUAUGUCUUCACCAAGAUAUCUGUAAGUCUAUCUUAUGUUCUACCAUUCAGAAAUGUUUCACUGACAUUUAUUGCAUCUUACCGUUCUUUUUUACGAGGGACAAUUUUAACACAGAUAACACUAACAGAUCUUUUAAAUUAGACAAAAUCAUAUGCUGAUUGCUAACUUCACAUCAUAUUCUUUGCAAAAAUCAUUAAUGCAAAUGUGCUAUGAUAAUGCUUUCUUGCCCCAAGCAUCCCUGAUCUCAGAAUUGUCCUUUGAUUGCAGGCUGACAUGUUCUCAGGAGGCAUUUUUAUCCAGCAGGCCAUGGGGAUCAACAUCUACAUUGCCAUCGUUAUGCUGCUUCUUAUCACAGCUUUAUACACUGUUACAGGUAGGCUGAGCUCUGCAGACUCAUCAUACAGACUAUUACUGUAUAAUUAACUUGUUCCUUCCACUAUGCACCUUUAUAUAUAGUUGUUACAAUGUACCCAUACUGACCACCACUGUAAAGCUCUGUUGUACAUUGUCCUACAGCAUGCCUUCACUUUAUAUUUCACUUGUGAGAUUCUGGACAAAAAAAAAUAAUUUAAAGUAAAAAAAAAAGGACAACACCGUGGUGUGAGGAACUUAAAUAAAAAGCAAAGUUUUGUAAAUUCUCAGCCAGGUCUGUAACUAGAUUUUAGGCACUUCGUCAAUUCGGGACUUCGGCAAUUCGGCACUUCGGAACUUAGACACUUCGGAACUCUGGCAUUUUGGGACUUCUCUUGCAGCUGCUUGGUAGAUAACUCCCUUAAUUAAUUCCCACAGUAUUAGGGAGUUAUCUACUGAAAGGCUGAAAGACCUUAAUGGGUUUUUCAGCCAAAUUUACUAAUACUAAGUAAAAAUUACUUAGUAUUAGUACAUUUUGCCCCCAAAAAGGCCAAAUAAAAAUCCAUAAUAAGCGACGCAAUUAAAAAAAAAACAAAAAAAAAAACAGAGCGCUAAAAAAAAUAAUCUUCACCCGGCGAGGGCUCCGCGCAGACUGAGCUCUGCAGGGCAGGGGAAGGCUUAUAAAGCCUUGCCCCGCCCUGCAAUUAGGCUCAGAGCACUCUGAUUGAUGGGUUUAAGCCAUCCAAUCAGAAUGCUCUGACAGGUAAAUGAAGAGACUGACAGGUCUCUACAUUUACCUGUCACAGCACUCUGAUUGGUUGGUUUGAAAUCCACCAAUCAUAGUGCUCUGUGUCAUUUUACACAGCGUGGGAAAGUUCUUUGGAAUUUUCCCACGCUGUGUAAUUUGACUCAUAACACUCUGAUUGGUUACUUAAUCCACCAAUCAGGAGGGGGGACUUUUUUUUUUUUUUUUUUUACAGUGAGCAGCCACAGGCUGCUCACUUUUUAAUAGACAUGCCCCUACUCGCAAAAUAGCGAGUAGGAGCUUAAUUUACUAAUACUAAGUAAUCUUUACUUAGUAUUAGUAAAUUUGGCUGAAAGACCAAUUCAGGUCUUUUAGCCUUUUAGUAGAUAGCUCCCUAAUACCAUGGAAAUUAGGGAGUUAUCUACUUAUUCAUUCCUGUCAUUACAUGACUGGCUAAGUAACUUACAUUUUAUAUGAAUGUGUGUUACUUGAUUGUUGUAAGUGUUGCAAACGCUUACAGCUGAAUCCUGGCAAUGUUUGUAUACUUUUUAUUUGAAAUUGUAUACAAUGUAACAUGCUUCUUCUUUCACUGGGUAUGUAUAUUAGUACUUAGGCAAUACUGUGCUUCGGAACUUCGACACUUUGACACCUCGGAACUUCGGCACUUCAGCAAUUCGGCGCUACUACACUUCGGAAAUUUCAUCACUUUGGCAAUUCAGCUAUUCGGACAUUUGGAAGCACCACAAUGUCCGAAUUACCCGAAAUUCGGCCGAAUUUUUAUUUGGACUGAAACAAAUUGCACAUGGCUACUAGAUUUCCUUGUUUACUUCAAGCAAAAGAUCAAUGUGAUGAGUUCCAGGUAGGAUUUAGUCAUACCUGAGUGAGUGAUUACAAAACAAAAAUAUGUUACCAGGAAAAUGCUGUAUCCAGGGAAUUAGAGUACAUAGAGUGUUCAAAUUGGCGUCAUUUAAUAGCAAAUGUUGAUAAGGAGGAAUUGCACUUGACCUGAGCAAGUAUCAAAGACACAUUAUCAUAGUAACUUAUCUUAAAUUACCCUAGCUCACCCACGCAGAGUGCCUUGCUUUUGGUAUCUUGGGUCUCCCCUCUGAUAUAAUUUUAUUCUGAUGGUAAAGUUCUAAAAUCUUUAAUGACAGGACACAGUCUUAUAAUUCUAUUGUUCAUAUCACACAAAUCUAGUUGGAAAUACGUACCUUGGUUACCUUGAAAUAGAACUACAAAAAGGUCAAAACACUAGUUUAUUUUGAAACAUCUUUAUCAUGACCUUUUUCUUUCGCACAGGGGACAUAUUAAUUCACAUAUAGUGCAUAACCGUCACUAUUGGCAGGUAAUGGUGAAAACGUGUUUUGCUGCAUGCUGAUUGACAGCAGGCAGGGCGGCAUGAUUGGCCAGUUACAUGCAUGCAUGACUUUUUAAAUGAGAAGCCUCUACUUGUAAAAUGUCCAGCACGAUCAGGAUAGUCUGUGCGCGGUGACAAAAGGGAAGGGAGGUUGGGAUGGCUGCAGAAACUAAUCCUAUGAAUAUAGACAUACAUAGACAUCUUAAUAAAGAUAUAUACAGUCAGGUCCAUAAAUAUUGGGACAUCAAUACAAUUCUAAUCUUUUUGGCUCUAUACACCACCACAAUGGAUUUGAAAUGAAAUGAACAAGAUGUGCUUUAACUGCAGACUUUCAGCUUUAAUUUGAGGAUAUUUACAUCCAAAUCAGGUGAACGGUGUAGGAAUUACAACAGUUUGUAUAUGUGCAUCCCACUUUUCAAGGGACCAAAAGUAUGGGACAAUUGGCUGCUCAGCUGUUCCAUGGCCAGGUGUGUGUUAUUCCCUCAUUAUCCCAUUUACAAGGAGCAGAUAAAAGGUCCAGAGUUCAUUUCAAGUGUGCUAUUUGCAUUUGGAAUCUGUUUCUGUCAACUCUCAAUAUGAGAUCCAAAGAGCUGUCACUAUCAGUGAAGCAAGCCAUCAUUAGGCUGAAAAAAACAAAACAAACCCAUUAGAGAGAAAACAAAAACAUUAGGUGUGGCCAAAUCAACUGUUUGGAACAUCCUUAAAAAGAAAGAACGCACCGGUGAGCUCAGCAACACCAAAAAACCCGGAAGACCACAGAAAACAACUGUGGUGGAUGACUGAAGAAUUUUUUCCCUGGUGAAGAAAACACCCUUCACAACAGUUGGCCAGAUCAAGAACACUCUCCAGGAAGUAGGUGUAUGUGUGUCAAAGUCAACAAUCAAUAGAAGACUUCACCAGAGUGAAUACAAAGGGUUCAUCACAAGAUGUAAACCAUUGGUGAGCCUCAAAACCAGGAAGGCCAGAUUAGAGUUUGCCAAACAACAUCUAAAAAAGCCUUCACAGUUCUGGAACAACAUCCUAUGGACAGAUGAGACCAAAAUCAACUUGUAACAGAGUGAUGGGAAGAGAAGAGUAUGGAGAAGGAAAGGAACUGCUCAUGAUCCAAAGCAUACCACCUCAUCAGUGAAGCAUGGUGGUGGUAGUAUCAUGGCGUGGGCAUGUAUGGCUGCCAAUGGAACUGGUUCUCUUGUAUUUAUUGAUGAUGUGACUGCUGACAAAAGCAGCAGGAUGAAUUCUGAAGUCAUUGGACGGCGCUUCACAAUGCAGAUGGACAAUGACCCGAAGCAUACUGCAAAAGCAACCAAAGAGAUUUUUAAGGGAAAGAAGUGGAAUGUUAUGCAAUGGCCAAGUCAAUCACCUGACCUGAAUCCGAUUGAGCAUGCAUUUCACUUGAUGAAGACAAAACUGAAGGGAAAAUGCCCCAAGAACAAGCAGGAACUGAAGACAGUUGCAGUAGAGGCCUGGCAGAGCUUCGCCAGGGAUGAAAACCAACGUCUGGUGAUGUCUAUGCGUUCCAAACUUCAGGCUGUAAUUGACUGCAAAGGAUUUGCAACCAUGUUUUUUAAAAGUGAAAGUUUGAUUUAUGACUGUUAAUCUGUCCCAUUACUUUUGGUCCCUCUAAAAGUGGGAGGCACAUAUACAAACUGUUGUAAUUCCUACACCGUUAACCUGAUUUGGAUGUAAAUACCCUCAAAUUAAAGCUGAAAGUCUGCAGUUAAAGCACAUCUUGUUCAUUUCAUUGUGGUGGUGUAUAGAGCCCAAAAGAUUAGAAUUGUGUCGAUGUCCCAAUAUUUAUGGAGCUAACUGUAUAUAUAUAUAUCUAUAUAUACAUCUACCAAUUGUGUCUUCCAUUACUAUGAUUAGGUGGUAAACUCAGCGGGAAAAGAAGUAUGCAAGAAAAUGUGUGCUAAAAUAUGACAAUGGUAAUCCUAACAGAAAAUCAUAGAAACUGUGACACAUACAAGUAUCUGCUUUUUUUUAAAAACUAGUUUAUUAUUGGUAUUUGUUGGUUGUUGUUUGGUGUGUCAUUAAGAGGUGGGAAAUAUGAGAGGCAUUAAAAUCUGCACACUACCCCAUCCUUGGAAGCAGGAGCUAUAAACUGAUGUGUUCCUCUGUGAUGUUGAAACUUUUUGCAAUGUACUAUCUGCUCAGACCAAUCUACAGUUCGCGAUUUAUCAAAGUGCCAUAUUCUGAACAACAUUCUAGACAAUCACCAUGGAAAUCAGUUUAAGUCUGUGACUCUUUUCUGAGUUUCCCCAACCUUAAUAACAUAGUGUUGUCAGAAUGGAGAUUACGUGAGCCGGGAGAUGUAGUAAAUGAUGAUCGGCACAAUGUGUUAGAAUGUCAGUGCAGACUGGGAAACGUGGAGAAAGGGCAGUUGGAUGUCAUUAAUACAUUCUGCCUCUCUUAUACUACCUCCUUUAACAGCUUGUGUACUCUCUCUGUUUAGGGGGGUUGGCAGCAGUGAUUUAUACAGAUACCCUGCAAACAGUCAUCAUGCUUGUUGGAUCAUUUAUACUAAUGGGAUUUGGUGAGUUCAACAGAAAUUGCUUGUUUGUUUAGCGCCCAAAUAUGUUAAUGUAUGUCUGAUUUGUUUGUUUUAUUAUAAUUUGUUUUGUUGAAGUGAAAGAAAACAAUACAAUUGAAUAGAAAAUGAAAAGUAUUUGAAGAUGUGUGUGUUAUUUUACUUACUUUGUACAUAGUGAUAUUCAUAGCUUAUGCUAAAGCUUACCCCUUAUCCCUUAAAGGACAACACACAGAGAGAAAAAAAAAAGUAAAUCACUAUUUAGUAGAUAUACCCCAAUGAAUACAUGCAUACAUUGUUUUGCUACAUGUAAUCAUUGGGGGUUUAUCAAAAAUAAUUUGCACAUUCUGCAGUUCGUCUGACUUCAGCCUUUGCAAGCUCUCCUCUAUUUUGGCUUAAGAACCUUAAGCUAGUCAUGCUAGCUUGUUCUUGGCUUGUGCCAUAUGUGUAGGCCCGGGGCUCGCUAUUGGUUCAGUGGAGCUUGUGAGUGGUUUUAAGAUACAUUUACAUUAUCUUCAGUAGUCAAAUGGUCUUCCUAUCCAUAAGACACAGGAAUACAUCCAAUUAUCUGGCCAAAUAGCUAUCCAUCCAGAUGUUUAUCCAACAAAUAAAGUAAAUAAGCAGUGGUCAAAAUGAUUAGAUUUUUACAAACAAAUGUGUACAAGUUGGUGGUAGCAAUACAUUUCUGUAACUCACCUUAGUGCUUCCUUCCUCAUCCUGACCUCACACUGAUCUUUCACUUUUAAUAAUUACACAAAGUGCUGUCUUUGGAGUUUUAAACCCAUUAUUUAGUAGAUAUCAUACACAUCUUUGUCUUUUAUUAGAAUUAUUGUAACCAGCAUCUUGUCUUUCUCGCAGCAUUCAACAAGGUUGGAGGAUAUGAGUCCUUUGUGGAGAAAUAUAUGAACGCAAUUCCUACUAAUGUCUCCCAUGAUGGUGUUGUGAUUCCCAAGGAAUGCUACACUCCCAGAUCUGACUCAUUUCACCUCUUUAGGGAUCCGAUAACUGGGGAUGUACCAUGGCCUGGGUUUAUUUUUGGCAUGACUAUCCUGGCUUUGUGGUAUUGGUGCACUGAUCAGGUAAGUCAAUUUUGGCUGAAUAUUCUGAGAACAUACUGGAUGCAUACAGGUCACAUGAGUCUUAUAUGGUUGUGGUUUUCCAUGAUAGGUGAUUGUUCAACGGUGCCUUUCUGCCAAAAAUAUGUCCCAUGUUAAGGCUGGAUGUAUCCUAUGUGGAUAUCUUAAACUUCUGCCUAUGUUUCUGAUGGUGUUCCCAGGAAUGAUUAGCCGUAUCUUGUACACAGGUAAGACAAAUCCAGUAAGGGUAUCUUCUAAAAACACAAAUUGUGAAUGGUAUAUAAGAUGAUCUUCUGUAUUCUCUUGUCAGAUGAGGUACUUUGUGUCAUGCCAGCUGAAUGUAAAAGAAUAUGUGACGCAGAAGUUGGAUGUACUAAUAUUGCAUAUCCCAAAAUUGUGAUAGACCUGAUGCCAGAUGGUAAGACAUGUUCUGUUACCAAAUAUAUGCCCAAUAUAUUCCCUUUAUUACUAAUUGGAUUCUUAAAGGUAAACUGCCACUUCGCAGGAUUUUUUAAUCUUACAUUUAUUUACCACCUAUAUUCAUCAAAUAUGUGUUUGUGAGGAUUGAAACAUAAAAUAAACUUUACAAACCAAAAUUGCAGUAUUUACCUAUAUCCUGGAACUGAGUGCCUUAUCUUGGAUCCCUGUCAAUCAUUGUUAUAAACUCUUGCCCUUUGCUACUUCCAGUCAGCAUAGAAAGAACAGAAGAAAAAAAUACUUGUUUCUGUUUCUACUUUUCCAAUAUUAUGUGUGCUCUGACUGUGCCUGGACUGAACUCGAUUUUAACCUUCAAAUGCAAAAGAUUUAAAGGAACACUAUAGGGUCAGGAAUAAGAACAUGUAUUCCUGACCCUAUAGUGUUAAAAGAAACUUAUAGGGUCCCUGGAUCCCUCUUACCCCCCUUAAAUAUAAUUAAAAAACUCACCUUUUUUACAGCGCCGCGCAGGUGUGCCAGCGCUGGCUCCACCCCCAAUCCCCUUUGGCUUAAAUGAUCAGAAUUGCACUCUCCGGCACUGAGAGUGUAUGACUGACAGGUUUGUGGGCUGGCGUAGAGCUGUCGUGUAUUUUUUACAAAUCACUGCAGUUCUAAGCCAUUUAAGGUGCCCCCAUUAACCUUAUAUCAUUAACUUUGCAAUACGGCAAAACUAGGAUGUUGCUUCAACUGACCCUUUAUUUAUUUAUUUUUUUAAAUUUUAAUUAGGUUUCUCAGUUUAAUUUCCAAUGGUACUUGGAUGAUGGUUAAGCGAUUAAGUUGAGAUAUGUGGUUUAUGCAGAUGUUCUGAUCUGUUACUUUCAAAACUGGAUUAAUUUUAUAUAUUUUUUUAUUUAUUUUAAUUUCAGAUUGUUCCUGUAAAAAAGAUUUGUAACUUUUUAUACUGUGUUACUCUUCAGGUCUACGAGGUCUGAUGCUCUCUGUGAUGUUGGCUUCUCUCAUGAGUUCCUUGACUUCCAUAUUUAAUAGUGCUAGCACCUUGUUUACCAUGGAUAUUUACACCAAGAUCAGGAAGAAGGCAACUGAAAAAGAGUUGAUGAUAGCGGGCAGGUGAGAAAUGCUGAAUUACUUACCCAUCACCUGUACACGUACAAUCAUCAUGUUUUGAAGAAUCUGAACAGAGCAUAGCAGACUAUGUGAAAUGCUUUAUGACUGACAGAUGUUCAUGAUGUGCAAUUACUGCACUUUAUUUUAGUUGCUUGGAAGCAAUUCUCUUCUACAUACGGGAGGUUCUCAUAACAGCGUAAUUCCUUAGUGGGUGUUUGCUUUAUUGCUUGCUGGCCUCAAAGUGCUCAUGUUGUUCAUAUUUUCAUUGCAGAAUUUUUAUCCUUUUCUUGAUUGGUGUGAGUAUUGCAUGGAUCCCCAUUCUGCAGUCUUCAGAGAGUGGACAGUUAUUUGAUUAUAUACAAUCUGUUACCAGCUACUUGGGGCCACCCAUUGCCUCAGUCUUCUUCCUUGCAGUAUUUAUUAAGAGAGUGAACGAGCAGGUGAGUUUCCAAAUCAAGAUUGUAAAAACAUGAUCAAAAGCCAUUUAGCUCAACUGACUGAUGUUCCUAACAAAGUAACAUUUUGUUUGUGAUGACUGUAAAUGCAAUACACAUACACACCACAAGUUGUGGUGGGGAAAAAAGUGUGCAUGAAACCCCUUCCACCUGAAGUAAGUGGAUAGUUAAUACAUAGCUAAACACAAAUACACACACCAGUCAAGCCAUAAGACUUGCUUUUCCCACAGAAAUCUCACUUUAACAGUGCUCUCAUUACUGCAAGGGAUUUUGGGUAGGCGUAUGCAAAUGAGCUCAACAAAGAACCACAUUUUUGCCUCAUGAUUCCACUUUAUACAUGGAUUCCUUGGAGUAUGUGUUUGCGGUAUAUAACAGCUUUGAAACACAACUUAGGAAGAUGAGCAAAAGCAGUGAACUUUAAGGUGCAAUACCACCAAUUUAUAUGUUUUAGUGCACCUUAACAUAUAUUGUUUCUGUUCAGGGAAAUGAACGCAUUAUAGCUGGAUCUAGCAUAGAAACAUAGAAUGUGACGGCAGAUAAGAACCAUUUGGCCCGUCUAGUCUGCCCAAUUUUCUAAAUACUUUCAUUAGUCCCUGGCCUUAUCUUAUAGUUAGGAUAGCCUUAUGCCUAUCCCACGCAUGCUUAAACUCCUUUACUGUGUUAACCUCUACCACUUCAGCUGGAAGGCUAUUCCGUGCAUCCACUACCCUCUCAGUAAAGUAAUACUUCCUGAUAUUAUUUUUAAACCUUUGCCCCUCUAAUUUAAGACUAUGUCCUCUUGUUGUGGUAGUUUUUCUUUUAAAUAUAGUCUCUUUUAAAUAUAGUCUCCUCCUUUACUGUGUUGAUUCCCUUAAUGCAAUACAAAGAAUGAUGUAAAACUGCACCUUUUGUUAUGAAUUCAAUGUUAAAUGGUAGAAUGUAGGCUAAAACAGUUGAUUUGAAAACAUUCUCCAACACCAUCAUAAUGGAAGUUGUUUUGGCCUAAAAUGUGCACUUUUUUUUCAGUUAACUUAACUUGGUCUAUUUAUGAUGUGUUACUACAUUGUAAAUUACCGUAUUUAUCGGCGUAUAACACGCACUUUUUCUCCCUGAAAAUAGGGGAAAAAUUGUGGGUGCGUGUUAUACGCCGGCCCUUUAAAUACUGCAGCCGCUCAGGCGGCUGCAGUUGGUACUCACCUCCCCUGUAGCGGAACAGGAGUUUCUGUUUCCUGUACCCGGUCGGACUGACAGGAAGGUGCACACUGAGCGUGCACCUUCCUAUCACUCCGGCCGGCCACCGCGGACAGCAGAGCGGCUCGGCCACGCUACAGGGGAGGGGGGUAAGAAGGGGGUGAAUAGAGGGGGAGGGGGGAGUAAGAAGGGGGAGUGGGGAGUAAGAGAGGGGGAGGGGGGAGUAAGAAAGGGGGAGGGGGGUAAGAAGAGGGAGUGUGGGGUAAGAAGAGUGGGGGAGUAAGAACGGGGUAAGAAGAGGGGGGAGUAGAAAGGCACCUUUUCCUGGCACUAUAGUGGUCCUUUAAGUUUUUUUUCCCUGAAAUUUCCUUCUUAAAAUGAGGUGCGUGUUAUACGCCGAUGCGUGUUAUACGCCGAUAAAUACUGGUAUAUAAUGAUUAGAAGUUAACGUUAUUAUUUAUACUUUGUGCCAAGAACAUACACACACACUGCUUUGCUCCACCACCCACAAUGCAAUUCACUCUAUGUGCAUGUCUAAUAUAGGUAUUGACAGGUUCCGUAAUUCAAUGAGAUGAAGCAGUUACAGUGCCUACAAUGUCCCAUAAAAUAUUGUCAUCUCCCUAGACCAAAACAAGAAAAAUGAUUUAUUAAUUGUGGUAAUCUGGCAAAGGAAUUGCAAUGCAAAUCUUAAAAUAAUCUAUUUGGAAUAACAAUUCAGUUGCAGAAUUUUGCAGCUAAACGUUUGGCCUAGAAUUUGCUGUUCCCUAUGCCAUUUCUCUAAAAUUCCUUGUUUAGCGAAUAGACAUCACAGUCUUUUUCCUGACCAUUAGUAUGCCACUAGUAUGCAGUAGUUAGACUAUAAUUUAGUAAUUUCUGAUCCUAACUCUUUUAUUUCUGCCAUAGGGAGCUUUCUGGGGAUUAAUCAUUGGACUACUUAUUGGACUAGCAAGAAUGAUUGCAAUAUUUUCCUAUGGAUCUGGAAGCUGUGCCAAACCUAGCAACUGCCCAAAAAUCAUAUGUGGAGUGCACUAUCUCUAUUUUGCUAUCAUACUGUUUGUUUGCACCAGUAUCAUCGUCGUGGGCGUAUCAUUAAUUACCAAACCCAUCCCAGAUAAAAAUGUAUGUAUUAACUGGACUUUAUUAUCAAAAUGCUUAAUAUACAUUUACUAACAUACCUUAGCAGAAGUCCUUGUGCUCUUAUUAUCAUCAGCAAUCCUGGGAAAUGACUCCGCACAACUUAUAAACCAAAAUGGAUCCAUAAUGAAAUGAAAUGAGAUUUAAAAAAAUCCUUCGAUCCUAUAUUGGACUUGUAGACUUAUUUGUAUAUAUUCUUUUUGAUCACUGUGAAACUUGAAUCUUAAGCCAGCCUAUAAAAUGCAUUGGAAAUCACAAGUGUAGUCACCCAUAAUCUAAUUGUAACUUUCUAUCUACUCUACUUUGCUCGCUGACGACAUAUGUACUCUUUGCAUAGGAAUAUAUAUUAGGCAAUCUGCAACAGAGUCCCGAUUGCCUAGGUCACUUGUGCCAGGGGUUUAACUAGUCUCGGACACAAAAGUGCAUAUUUCUCACUAUGUACAGUUUUAAGCACCUACAGAAUGCUCCCACCAUGACCACUUCUAAAAGCAGAAAUGGGUUAUGGUGGUUGAAAUAAUCUUUUAAUCUUGAAACCAUGGUUUAGGCCAUGUUUUAGCAUGAUGAUAUUUUCUGACUUACCUAUCCCUAUAAUUAGCAAAUACAUGUUUGUGAGCUGUGAAAAAUAAAUGUAAAUUUUACCCACACAACUGGGCACCCCCAUCUUAGCUCCCUGUCUAUUAUUGUUAUAACCGAUGUCCCUUGCAUAGAGAAAACAUACAGAGAAGAGUGAAACAACGUUUCUAUUUCAUCUCCUAAUUGGCAAUCUUUGCCCUGCCUUGUCUGAAGUAAAGGAAUAGUUUUAAGGUAAGGAACGCAAACAUGUAUUCCUGACACUAUGGUGUUAAAACCACCAUCUAGCUCACCUGAUCCCCCCCCCCCUUGCCUCCCGAAAUAUAGUAAAAUUGUACUUGUGUUCCAGUCUGCAUCUGCCCCUGAUCUGCCUGCUAGGCUGACAUCAUUAGAAGUGAUUCUCAGAGCCAAUCACAAUGAUUUCCCAUAGGACUGGCUGAGACUGUCAGGGAGGCAGAUCAGGGGCAGAGCCAGCACAAGUCAAACACAGCUCUGGCCAAUCAGCAUCUCCUCUUAGAGAUUAAUUGAAUCAAUGCAUCUCUCUGAGGAAAGUUCAGUGUCUGCAUGCACAGGGUGGAGACACUGAAUGGUAGUACUGGAGUUAUCACUAGGCUGUAAUGUUAAUACUGCAUUUUGAAAAGACAGUGUGGGUGUUCACUAGAAAAAGCCUGAAGGCAACGAUUAUACUCACCAGAACAAAUACAAUAAAGAAUAAGAAAGAAUAAUAAAAGAAGAAAACAGAGCAUAUCAUGAAAAAAAGGUUAACACAAGUAAUUUGUUUAUUAAGUUGUAUAAAUUCCAGACAAGUGACAGCACCCCAUUAUAUUGAUAUAGCAAGGAAACUGCACCCUCUUUCCUGGCCUAUAUUGUGUAGGUUUGGAGAAGGAUCCCACAGAAUAGCACACAAAGAUAUGUAUUAGUAGACAUGUGCUAUUCGGUUUGUUCCGAAUGUAUAUUCGGACGAAUUUCGUGCAAUUUGGACAUUCGGAUGCUUACGAAUGCCCAAAGUACCGAAUUGCCGAAGUUCUGAAUAUCUGGCACUGGGAGGCGGGAGCCCUAUAGAUGUGUAAGUGGUUUUGGUGGCAGUGCUGGCACUGGGAGGCGGGAGCCCUAUAGAUGUGUAAGUAGUUGUGGUGGCAGUCCGGGCACUGGGAGCCCUAUAGAUGUGUAAGUGAUUGUGGUGGCAGUCCGGGCACUGGGAGCCCUACAGAUGUGCAAGUGGUUGUGGUGGCAGUCCUGGCACUGGGAGCCCCCUGCUAGGACUGCCACCCCAACCACUUACACAUCUAUAGGGCUCCCAUUUAACACUGGCAGGACUGCCACCACAGCCACUUACAAAUCUAUAGGGCUUCCAGUGCCCGGACUGCCACCACAAUAACUUACACAUCUAUAAGGCUCCGGCCUCCUAGUGCCCGGACUGCCACCACAACCACUUACACACCUAAAGGGCUUUUUCGCCUCCCAGUGCCAGGACUACCACCACAAGUUCCGAAGUGCCGAAUUUCUGAACCGAAUUCUUUGCCCAUGCACAUCCCUAUGCAUUAGGUAAAGAUAAGUUGCCAAGGAUAAAUUAUAACAUAAAUACAGUAAGUCAGAUAACGCUAGAGGGCAUUGGCAGGUUCUAUUCCUGCAAAACUUUAAAGCCAAACUUUCAUGGAGAGAAAAACAUCCAAAACCGUAACUGAAAUUACACAAAUUAUAUCUAUAUUCCACCAUUAGAAUUCCAGGCCGGGACCCAACAAAAGGGGAAAGACAACUUGCAGAUGACGCUUGUGCAUUUCGUACUUUAUUGGCACUUCAUCAGAGUGCAGCUUUGAAGUUUUGCUUUAUGAACAAAGAUAUAAAUACCCAUGUAUGUGUACAGAAACCAACAGAUAUGCACACACCUAGAUAUACAUUACAUGUUAUUAACCUCAUGUGCCAAUUUCUAGGUCUACUUUGCGACACAAGUUGGCCUUUUGCUGCCAUGUCUUUUUUUUCACUGCAUAUUACAAUUACGUUUUACCAAACAUGAAACAUAUUGGCUUUGGAUCGAACAAAAAAUACAACUAACAUAAUUGAGCAGAACUCAAGUUAUUGUGAACAUGGUAUGAUUCAUUUAAGGAUUACAUUCUUAGCUGCAGUAAUAGAAGUUAUAGACAUAUCAGAUGUGUAUGUAGGUCUUCAACAUGUAACACUGUGACAUGACAUUUCUCAUGACUUUAUUUUCCAGCUUUACCGACUGUGCUGGUCCCUGAGAAACAGCAAGGAGGAAAGAGAAGAUCUUGAUGCCAAUGACUGGGUUGAGGAAAUAGAAGAUGAGAUUGAAAAAGGAGGUGAGUACUCGUCAAAAAAUAGAAGUGUGUUUUGAACAAAGGACCACUCUUAUCAUCUAUGAAAGUUUUUGGAUUUAUCAUAAAAAUUAUUAGAAGUUGAUAUGAAAGAUUUUAGAAUGAAUGUUUUGUAUGUAUUAGUUUUCAUAAGGAUAGCACAUUAGGGACUUUUCUAUUACGUAAUUGAAACAGCAACAUUAAGAAAUGGGCUUUUUAGUAGAUAGCUCCCUAAUUUGUUAUCCUAUCCUUAUCUUUGCCAUAAUUAAGGAUACCAAAUUAAGGACUUAUCUAGGAAGCAAUGGAAAGAGCAAAUUUAAGAAAAAGGGCUUUUCUUAUUUUUGCUGUUUAGUAUAUAGCUAAGUAAUUUGGUAACCUUAAGCUGGAUUGCCUUGUUUAAAGAUACCAAAUUAGGGUACUGUUUAGUAGGUAGCUCUCUUAUUGUGUACCCUUAUGUGGGAUUGCCCUAUUUAAGGAUAACAAAUUAGAGCAUUGUUUAGUAUACAGAUCCCUAACUUGGUACCCUUAUAUGGGAUUGCUGUAUUUAAGGAUACCAAACUAAGGCACAGUUUAGCAGAUCCUCCCUAAGUUGGUAGCCUUAUGUAGUAUUGCCUUAUUUAAUUAUACUAAAUGAGGGAACUGUUUAGUAGAUAGCUCUCUAAAUUUGUACCCUUAGGUGGGACUGCCCUAUUAAGGAUACAGAAAUAGAGCACUGUUUAGUAGUGCACACUGUCACACACACUGUCAUUUACCCAAUACACACACAGUCAUAUACACAAUAAUUUACCCAUACAUAUACUGUCACACUGUCCUUUAACUAUUUACCCAUAGAUACACACCGUCAUAAAAACGUUCAUUUACCCAUGCAUACUGUCACCUAACACUGCUAUUAAACCAUGCAUGCAGUUAUUUGUCCAUGCGUGCACACUCUUAUUUGCUUAUUCACACAGUUAUAUACACAUCUAUUUACUCAUACAUACACUGUCACACUGUUUCUUAAUGACAGAUACACACAGUGAUAUACACUGUAAUUUACACAUGCAUGUCCGCUGUCACAUAUGCCGUCAUUAAGCCCUGGGUGCACACUGUCACAUACAUUGUCAUUUAACCAAGUGUUCAUACCUUUACUCGCCCAUACAUGCACACAGUUGUGUGCACUGUAGGUCCCAAAUAAGAGUGCCAAAUUAGGGAACUACCUAUUAAACAGUGCACUACAGGGAAUAACAAACAUCCAAACAUCAAAUGUUUUCAAAUAUUUUCGACCAAACUACCGAUCGUUCUUAAUUGAUAAUUACCUAAUUAUGUUAUUACCAAAACCAGGCCGUUUUUCCCUCCGGGCACAUGACUAAUAAUUAUGGCAAUAAUAAUAUUAAAGCAUUUCACCAGAUUAAUUGAGAUUUAGCAUCAAUGCGAAGUAUGCUUUUACUUAAUUGACUGUUAUUGUUCAUCAAUAUUCUGAGAACAAUGUUGGGACCGUGGAAGAACAGACUCUUGCUUUGGUGUGGAACUGCUAUUUUCUAUGCCAAUGCUGCACUUGUUUCUUCAUUCAGAAUGGAUUGGUAAAUGCUGCAGAAUUACCGACAGGCAGCCCACUGGGUAUAAGUGGUGCAGACCUGACUUCUUUUCCUAGCAAGUAGUAUGUGUAAGGGAGAACCACCGAGAGAUCAAACUAAGUGAAGACAACUGCAGUUUAAUGUAUUAAUGGUGACUGCUUUGUGCCUUCUUGUUCUCAAUAAUGAAAAAAAAGCUUGUAAAAUAAAUAAGGAACAAUAAAAAUAAAAUAAAUACUGUUGCCAGCAUGCUAUGCCAAUAACGCACAGAAUUAACAUUCACCACCGCAGAAUAAGUCACAGAGAAGUCUGGACAUUAUGUAUCAACAUUUUAGAGUGUAAUAUUUACUGACAUCAUCUAGAUUCAUGCAUGAUUCCAGAGCUCAGUGUGAAGCAUUUAGUUGUGUCUCAGUCUAGAAUUCCAAGUCUAUGCAAAUGGCUGGGUGGGGUGAGGGGACAGCAAGAUGAAAGGAAAACCAAGAGAAAAGAUAAAGAUGGGGAAGGGAAUGGAAAGAGAGAAAACUCGUAUGUGUCCAGCCCACCACUUGCUGAACCCUAACUUUGUAUACCAAGCAGCCGAGCACUGGGAUAGUAAAGAGAUGAUAAUAGCUAUCAGCACACCUUGUCAGAUAGUCCAGCCAUGUUCUUCAAAGUAUGUAUUUUAUAUCAGUAGAAGUGGUCAGGUGUUUAUCUAGAUGUGUUUCACUAUGACCAAAUCCUUUCUUAUUCUAACACAGAGACAAAGAAGCUCAGUUGCUGGAAGAAAUCUUACAACUGGUUCUGUGGUUUUGAAGAUAAAAAGCCUCAAAAAUUAACUGAGGAGGAGAAGGCAGCCUUGGAGGCGAAGAUGACAGACACCAGUGAGAAACCAUUGUGGAAGAACAUAGCCAAUGCCAACGCUAUAAUUUUGCUGGCUGUGGCUGUAUUCUGUCAUGGUUACUUUGCUUAACUGUGACGUAAGCCCCAUUGAAAAUUCAAGUACACAGUGCUAUGGUUCCAACAUUCAUAUCAGAUCAGGGAUUAAUCAGAGAUUGGCAGAUAUACAACAUGUCUCUCACGUGCCAUUUGGGAGCAACUAGGUUAUUAGGCAAACACACAUUUGCUGAUUUCAGACUUGAAAGUGAUUUAUCAAAAAAAAUCAUUGUUUUGCAAAUGCUAUAAAUCAGUUCUGUGGGAAAUAUUAUUUGCCUUUCCUGUCCUUUUGGCAAUUAAUUUCCCUCUUGACUGCACUGUGUCAUCAAUAGACGGAUGAGGUCACUAGUACACACAGACACAAAUCCACGGUACUAUGGACUGAGGAGUGAUUCAUUGCAUGGCAACACUGCUAACGAGGAUUGGGUUUCCUGGCAUUAGUUCUGUACAUUCAUCAUGUGAAUAGGAAAUAAAUACUGCAUUAACUUUGUAUAAUGGACAGUUUUUCUCUAGUUGUUAUGGUGGAUAAUAAAAUACUGCUAUUUUAAAAUAAAUAUAUUUUCUUACUGUGCUAUGCUAUAGUAGAGAUUGUCAUUUGACUUCAUAACGGGUACAUUUAAAUAAUAUAAAAAGACAAAUCACGGAUGUCAAGGAAUCACAUUAUUCAAAACUCAAAAUUAAUGCAUUACAUUUUUUAACUCGCCUUAUGCAGAGUGCCUCACACACUGCCCAGUUUCAGGUUGAUUGGCAUAAAAGCAUUUCAGGCUCUGGUUGGCUGGCAGUUUAAUACGUGGCUUAAAGAUUUAGCCUUAGGGCUGGCAAUGCAUCAUCGGAAUGGUAGUUCUAGCAACUGAGAAAUUUACAGUUUUGGCCUACCCCUUCCUUAAUGUGUUUCUGUAUGGAUCUCCUCGCUUAAAUCAAUAACAGAAUAUUAUUCAUUAUGUGUUUGAUAUGUUGGGAGUUCAAAGUGAAUUUUACAUUUUAUGAAAAAUUCUCCAAGCUCGCUACUUUGGCCAAAAAUGUUAUGUGAGUUCCUGACAGUAAAUGCCUUUGUUAUCCACCCUAAAAAAAAUAGUGACUGUAUUGCCUAACUUCUGAUGAGAUCCUUUUUAAAAUGAGUGUUUUAAAAAUCUCUGUAGAAUCUCAUCAUAUAGUGCAAUAUUAAUAAAUUAUGCUACCCUCUGUGCUCCUUCAGUCUCCUUUUUUAGGUAGAUGUAUUCAUUGAUAAAAAUGAUGAUCCUCAAUGUGACAUUCCCUUCAUUAAAUUUUGUUCUAUGAUUUAGGUGUAUUUAUUUUUACAAAACAAAGAGAGAUCCCCAGUGUAAUUGCAGAGUGUUAAACUAGGGCUGUAUAACUGCAGUCUUCAUGGAAAGCUGAUAUAUAUUCCACUAGCUGUACAUCAAGCUAUACAAAAUCAGGAAUCCAUCUUUGCAAUCCACACAUUAUUUUCUGACUUGCUAAGCUUCAUGGGAAUUGUAGUUAGCAAACUGGUAUCUGAAUACCUACUAUAUAUAUAUAUAUAACAAAUAAAAUAAAUCUAAAUUUCGCUGACAGCCCUCCAUUCUUUAAACAUUAUUAGAGAUUUAAUCCAGCAGUAGCCAGCUAGCAGAAACCUAGGCCUUUUAGAAAACUCCUGAACUAACGCCAAGUUUCACAGUUCUGUUAGAAGUAGUGUAUGUUACUACACUCCAUUUAAAAUAAAAAUGUUUUAAUAAAUUUUAAAUAAGAAAAAUAAA